AUGUCCGUCUCAACCUUUAAUCCUCUUGGAAGGUCCCGUAGUCUUCGCAGUUCUACAGCCUCAAGCAACCUCAGACUCGCCUCAAGCUCCAGCGCAUCACCUCCCUCUGGCCCCUCUUACGUUGCUCUGUUCAUAACCAAUCUACGGCUCUUGGAUUUAGAUUUGCGAGAUGACUGGCCAGAUAUUACCGUGGUGACAUUCUCCACCAAGGAUGCGCAGCAGAAUCAGAAGAAACGUAUACAAUGUGUAGAAUGGGCUUUAUUCCAGCUAUUUGCUUUCUGGGAUCCAGCAGAGACUCGAAAUAAACUGCAAGCAUUCUUCCCACCCCUUGAACCUCUCCAGUCCCUCAAUUUACGUACCGCAUUGUUUCGAUUACUUGACCAGGCCAAGAAGAAGGGAUUCCUUGGGAGAGAUACAGUGUUGAGAAAGACAAUGCUCGAUGAAUGCAAGGGUGAAAGACUAGAGGAGGUUUUGGCGGUGUUUUCCAAUGUGGUUCUAAAAAAGGCGGUCCAGAAUGAUACCUCGGGACGCUACGAAGCUCUUGCGCAAGAACUGGCAUUGGAGAAUUUCUCAUAUUCAGGAGAAGUAACAAUACUCUCGGCCUUGAUAUUAGCACACAAGGCAUCUCUGGGUAAACAUCUUAUCGAGAAGAACAAUUUGAGGGCUAAAUACAACAAUUUUUCCCAACUGCUGGACCUCAACGAUCAACGAAAUUCAAAAAGACGCGAAGAAUUGAAUCAAGCUAUAAAUUCAGGGGAGGGUCAUGCUGAAUUAUCCGAGAGAGAUUUGAGAUCUUUGCAAAAUAAAGUGCGCAAAAAUUGGUCAGGUAGCAAUGAGUGGCUGGAAACGAUCCUUUAUGGGGACAGUAGGCCUGGUCGAGCGGGAAUACUGGCCAAACGCUUUGAUAUUCUCUGGGACCAAAUUGAGGAUGGUACUGUUGUAGACAUAGAGGGAAAGAAUGAUACUGGACUGAUUAAGCGAUUGGAGGCACGAGUGCAAGAUCAGGAUAGUCGUUUGGCUAGAUGGCAAGAAUUUGGACAGACUUUGACUCGAAACGGCACCAAAUCACCCACCAAAAAGGCCCAGGCGGUUUUCGUUAAGGAGAAGGGUAUAAAACUCGGUUUCAGUGACCACCAAGCAUUACAGAUCGGAAAGUAUACUGCAGAGAGCUCUAAAGCCGUGGAUAGUUCCGUUCGAGAUGAAUAUGCUCGCCUAUUGGAGAGAACUUACGAUGCAUUGAAUAAUGUAUCCAAGCCAAAUGUACUUUCCAAAGAAGCUCUCAUUCCACGUGGCUCGAGACAUAAGCUCAAUCAACCUCCAAACGAUUUGACUGAAGAGUCAUGGUCAUCAACUAAUCAAGAAGGGGACCUGUUUCCAUUACCCAGCGCCUCUCCCGGCCAUUCAUCUACCUCAGCGUCAAAUCUCGAUGGAGUAGCCGAGUUUUCAGCCCAUCGUGGUCAUGAUCAUGAAUCAAUUAGCACACCACCUUCAAGGAUAUCCCGCAAACCAAUCCCUGUUGCGAUUUCAUCAGUCCUUCAACCUAAGCAGGCCUCAGAUGAAGUCGACAUUCCCAAGGAAAGAUUCUCCGAGGCCGCAACCGUGACAUUGGGUACCAAAAAUGCUCAUAUAUCAGCCUCCCUAAGCGCUAUGAGAUCAUCCCGUCGCCUAGUUUCCAUUGAUAAAGCUCCAGACCAGGAAUAUGCCACGGCCUCAGUUGAGACACCCGUAUCUAUCAAAAGGAGAAAUACAAUAACAUCAAACUCGAGUCCAUCUCCUCAGCUUAUCCAAACCUCUGAGCCGUCCCUCGGUUCUGUUUCAGAGCUCAGCCAAGCAGAACAGAUUCUAAACUUCAUGUCAGCUGCAUCCCCAUCACCACAAAAGAUACAGCGCUCUUUAUCCUUAGCAGAACGUACGCGUCUUACUAUGGCUCGCUCAAAUACCAGACAUCUAAAAUACAAUCUCAACGAUGAAUUCGAUGACUUGCCAGAUGUGAGUCGUCUCACUUUGAACCCCAAGCUUAAGGUCACACCCGCCAAAAUCUCAACUGCAGAGGAAGAGAAGCACGCAGACUUAAUAGAACGCACGCGCAAGUCAAUGGCAGGAUUUGAGGCAGCCCAAAAGAAAGCACAAUUAGAGCGAAGGCAAAGCAUUAAAGAUGAAAAGAGAAAGCAGCGACAAUCACACUUUCCCAAGGUUGUCCAAGAGGAAGAGGAACCACUACCUCAAGCUACGCCAACGAUUGAUAGAGAUGUUUUGAUGGAUGGGGAUGUCGAUUAUGCGAGCGUGUUUAUGAGUAGACCAAGGAUUGCUCUGAGUCCGACCCCAGCAAAGGAUAGGAUGAUUUCGUCUAUAAUUGAGAGUGGGGAUGAGUUAGAGGAGGGAGAGGAGGGAGAAGAAGAUAUAGAUGAGGAUAUGACUAUGGAUGUGGAUGUGGAUGUGGAUUAUGCAAAUGCUUUUAUGAGUAGACCAAGAAUCGCUUUGAGCCCGACACCGGAGAGGCAUGUGAGAAGUAUGAUGAAUAGUGAAGCGGAGAGGGGAGGGGGAGGGGGAGCAGGAGCUGUGAAUAUGUGGCAUGACUGA